GCGGAAAUGCACGCGAUCAUAUCAAUGACGAUCGCGACGAAGUUGUUGAGCAACCGCAACUACCCUUUCGUUUGCCUUUGCGUAGACAUCGACAUCUGUACCAAUUCUCCUAGAUCUAAGGGUCCGCAUGUGCCGCGCUGAAUGCUUAUCGAUGCUUUCUCGGACCGUCAGAUCAGCGACUUCCAAGAUAUUUAAAUGACUUCGAGAAGUAUCAGCUGAACAGAAUGGCCUUAAGGUUAUAUUUAUCUUACUUAUCAUUUAUGUGUAUGUGAGGAGGACGACGACUGUCUUAUCUUUCGUAUGUCUACGUUACCAGAGAAGGCAGCCUUUGCCUGAGUCUUCAACAACCACCGUUUACCUGUCCCUUGAUUGAAUUUCUUCAUAGACACAAUAUGUCUUCAUCCUCUGCUGAGAAAGUUUACGAGGCCAGUGACCAUGGCUCUCGCUUACCUUCUUUAAAUCGGUAUCAGGGGCUCAAAAGCGUAUACUGUAGUGUUUCGCGCAUUUGUUCACGUCACAGGUCACAGAGGAUCGUGAACUGACAUUUGGAAGCAUGACCGGGCGCUUAAACGAGGGUCAGUGCUUUGAAGGGCCGCACAAGUGCAGCUUUCUGGCUACUUUUGGCUAUUCUUUCAGGUUGCUGACAUUAUUUGAGAGCUUACAAUGUGCCUCCCAAGCUUUGGAAAGGGAUUGGUAGUGCGUUGACAGAAUCGGCAAUAGCCAUGAACAUGAUGUCACAGGUCUCUCCGAACUGUGAACUGGGAACCGGACCGUCACAGGUCACAGGCCGUGAACAAAUGCGCGAAACAGUACAGUACUAUCACCCUGUGACGCAGGUGGUUAUGCUAGGCCUUGUACGCUUCAUGUGUCCUGGACUAUUCAAUGCGCUGAACGGUCUCGGCGGUGGAGGCCGGGUUGAUACGACAACUAAUGCCAACUCCAACGCGACACACUAUGCUACUUUUGCAUUCUUUGCAUUCUUUGCAGGGCCGGUUAACAAUCUGCUGGGGCCUCGGCUUACGCUGCUACUUGGAAGUACUGGCUAUGUCCUAACAAUAGCCUCAUACCUUGCUGUAAACAACCAUCCAGCCGCCGCUCCAUUCGUCAUCGUCGCUGGAGCGAUUCAGGGCGUUUGUGCAGGAUUACUCUGGACCGCCCAGGGAUCGUUGAUGUUGGCUUACUCAACUGAGAGCCAGAAAGGACUUUUCAUUGGCAUAUUCUGGUCCAUUUUCAACCUCGGGAGCGUAGUUGGCGCUUCUGUGUCACUUGGACAGAACUUCAAUUCAAAGACAAACUCUGUAGGCAACGGAACAUAUAUUGGAUUCCUUAUACUCACGUUGAUCGGGGUCUUCAUUCCUAUCCUGAUGGCUGACCCAGACAAAAUAAUACGGACCGAUGGCACCAAAGUGGAAUGCCCUCGACUUCCAUCACUACGAACCGCAUUCAACUGGUUCUAUACAUGGCAAUUCAAUGACUAUAAUAGCGCGCUCUUCAAUAUCCGUGCACGAUCGCUGAAUAAUUUAGUCUAUUGGAUCGCACAAAUACUUGGUUCCGUCGGUUUAGCAUUCUUGCUGGACCUCAAGUGCUUCAGCUGGAGACUCCGAGCUUACAUGGGGUGGCUCAUACUUUUGAUCAUGGUCUUGGUUGUCCACAUAUGGGCAUAUUUCUAUCAGGUACAAUAUACUCGGGAAACUGUAAAAGCCACCACCGUCAAGAUUGACAUUCAUGACAAGCCCUAUGUUGGUCAUGUUUGGCUUUACAUUUUCUGCGGACUUCUGGACGCAAUGUGGCAGACGAACGUUUAUUGGCUCAUGGGUGUGAUGUCAAGAGAUCCCGCAACACUCGCUCAUUUUGUCGGAUUUUACAAAGGAAUCCAGUCUGCUGGCGCGGCGGGCGUAUGGAGAGCUGACGGUAUAGAACUCCCAUACAUGAAUAUCUUUAUUGCCACUUGGGUUCUCCUCGCUGUUGGACUUGUAUCUGCGCUGCCAAUGAUAGUUAUGCGAGUAAAGAAUGAUACUAGGAAUGCUCCUGAGAGUCCCACAUGUGCCUCGCGAACUACAAGUGACGAGAAAAGCGUCGAAGAAUGUGAAUGAUAAGGACGAGCGAAUUCGAUCACGUUGAUUAAGGCUACCUGCUUUGGCAGCGGUCUGAAGGGCGGCGGAAUGAUUUCCUCUCCCGAAUGUGUCUAGCCUAGUAUUCCUAGUACUGCAUUUGCAGUUACUGCGAAGACGUAUGUGCUGUGGUACAUAUCUUGCUCAGAGUGAGCUCGUCCGAGCCGGCCUUUGAAUUGUCGC